GUAUAUACAGAGAGUGAGGAAACGAAUAAGACAAAACACCUCUCACUCUAUUCGGAGCUACCAUUUUCCGGUUGCAUUCUCUUUAGCUGAAGUAUAAAUGCUUGGUCUAUGUUUUACAUAUAUAUGUCAUUGAUGUCAUUCUUAUCACUCCUUGUGAAUCUUUGACAGCGUAUCUUAUCGAUGAUUCGACUCGUAGAUAUUUUCUCGCACUCGUCAGAUUCUGCUGGGUAGUAUUUUUAGCGACGAGACAAUUUCGAACACGUAAAAUUCCGCGAACAAUCGACGAGUUAUUCUUCGUUCGUUAUCGACAGUCUCGAGUUUUCCCGGCUCAAAAUGUGUCUGUCUAUGACAGCGUUCAGUCGACGAGGAUAUGUUUCGAGGGAUAUCGUGCGACUUAACAGCAAACAACCUAAUUAUUAUCCUAAUCAUAACAAAAUGUUAUUAAUGGAUAGCACAUUGCCACGACGAUAUCCCAUGUCGUCGUGUAUCGCUGACAUUUCGCGGAUCUUGAGCGCUUCCUCCGAAAGCUGUAGGACGUUCUCUUCUGCGAGGACUCCGAUAUCUUUCGAGGAUGUCUCUGAAGCUCUGACAAAGCAACGAGCGAAAGAAUUUACUUCAAAACUCACCUCCGAGGAGCGCAAACUCUUUCUAGCCGCAUUAAAUGAAUCCAAAUCUGAAGAGGAUAAAGCUGGCUAUGAAGGUCAACUGGCGGCUUUCCGAUGGAGGAGCAAACUUGGUAGACCCAGUAAAAUUCCAUCCCUUGGUGAAGUAGAUCCUACAGGAACCUAUUGUCCUGUGCCAGAUGAUUGGCUGAAUCGCAAGUAUGUUGAAAAUGUUGCAGAACUAUCCACGAAAGAUCUGGUGCUAGUUGCAAUCGCAAACGCGAUUCCAUUUGUCGGAUUUGGUUUCCUCGACAAUUUCAUCAUGAUUGUCGCGGGCGAUCAAAUUGAGAUGUUGUUCAACGCGAAGUUUCCCAUCUCGACCAUGGCAGCAGCCGCGCUGGGCAACACGGUGUCCGACGUCAUCGGAAUCGGGUCGGUGCAUUACGUUGAAAUAUUCGCCCAGAAAGUCGGCUUCGAAGCGCCGAAGUUAACACCUGCGCAAUUGAAUCUACCCAGGACGCGGGUGGCCGCGAACAUGGGCCGAGUCAUUGGAGUUACAAUUGGAUGUCUCCUGGGUAUGACGCCUAUACCGAUAGCCGCGCUUUUCCGUAACGGUAGCUGAAUUGUCUAAAGAAGAGGGAACGCCAGUGGAUGUUAUGUUCGAAAAUUAGGAAGCUAUAAUUAAUUCACUUGUGAAUUAGGGGGCCGUAACCGUCCUGCACUUGCAAUAAGCACUUUAUCACAAAUUCCUCUACAAACAUUUCAUCUUUAACUACAAUAACACGACUUUUAUCUUACUAAGUGUAUUUAAUGUAUAAAUCUAUAAAGUGUGUUAAACAAAGUUUAUAUAAUAAUUAUUAUUAUUAAUAGAUAAAAGA